CAUUGCCGACGGUUCGGUGCAAUACGGUCGCUGGGGAAAUUUUACGCGCCUGCGGUACAUUAUUAAUGGUGUGUUGAUCGAUUUCGCGCCGUGCUUCAACCGUGAGCCAGAUCAGUGGAGACAGGAAGUGCAUGGUGACGUGCAGAUGGCGGUGUUGAAUAAAAGAAUAAGCUUGAAAGCUUGAGGAAGCAGGCAGCAAACCAGAGCGCAAACGCUCCCGGGGAAAGUGCUUACCCGCAGGGUCUGGGUGUACAGUGUAAAGCCAGACCUCCGGAGUACUGUGUGUGUGUGCGUGUGUAAGGAAAAACAAAGCAACAGCAAAAAAAAAACAAACAGGUAAAAGUUGGACAUCCUGAAGUUGGUUCGGGUUUUCGGCACCGUGGCCGAAAGUGAGAAACAGCUCUCUAAACCCACUCACCACCACCGCCGCCGAUCACGUCAGCCUUGAAACCGGGAAAAAGCGUGCCCAAAGCCUGUGCUGAAACGUUCAACCCCUCCGAGUAGUGUAGAAGUGUAUGUGUGUACAUGUGAGAGUGCAAGUGUCUGUGUGUGCAUUGUGAAGUAAAUUAAUUAAAAAAGUUAUAUUAAAACGUUCUAAAAAGGCAAAACCAAAUUAAUGUUGCACGCUGUUUUUCGGGCACCGGCACACGACGGCGCGGCGUGGGAAUACGCGUCAGGAUUUCCGUUUGCGAGUGUGUUGUGGUGCAGUCGAGCGAGAGCGGGGGCUGCUUGGGUGAAGCAGUGGCCGUAAGUCCCCUCCUUGUUGUUUCCCUUCGUUUACACCACCCGGUCCCCUCGCCAUCCGGUGUCGGCGGUGCAGUGGCUGGAUGGAAAAGGGUUUUUAGCCCGAGUGUGAUUGCGGUUAGGCGGUUCGGUGUUCUCCGCUGGGAGUACGAGUGCGCGUUUGUGGAAUUGUGUGUGUGUGUGUGUUUGUGUGUGUAGUGCAUGUUUUUUAAUGUAGCAAUAGAAAAAGGUGUGUUUUGCCUGUGUCCGACAUGUGUACUGGUGCCCUGGUGCCUGGUUCGGUUUGCACGGCAGAAGUGAACGAGCAGCAGCAGUAGCAGCAGCAGCAACGGCAGUGAUUUGUUCAGUGAGAAGAAGAAUGCGUAUUUGUUAUGGUGAUGGUCUGUUUGGUGUGUGCUUUCGGUGUGAGUGAAUGCUGAUUGAAUCAUGACUACCAUUUUCAUCGCUGUUCCGGUUCGUUAAGUGGCAAAAUAAAUCGACGACUCGUUUUUUUUUGGAAAGCUUGGGAAACAGACACAGCGAGGCAUGGCAAUGGUAGUGGGCCAUUGCUGAACGACUGAGUUUGUGGGGAUUCGUCUGACGCUUUUGAUUAGGAUUAUUGUUUGGGAGAGGCGAGAGUGAUCAGGUGGAGCCAGCUUGCAACAAAGUCAGCAAGAAGCGGAAGCGAACAGCGUCACCCUUCACCAUGGGCAUCCCGGCCACCGUACGGUCCUGCGCGGACCUCGUUAGCAUACUGCUGCUCACUGUGAUACAGACCGGCACGCUCGGCUGGAAGCUGGAUAAUCGAAACAUCAUGUACACUAAUCAGGACAUCUCGUACGAGUGCCCAAUCAACACCAUGUGCCGGUGUGCGAGUUUGCCGAACGAAACCGCACUCCUCGAGAUCAAUUGCAACGAGGUGUCGCUGUACAAAUUUCCCGAGUUUCUACACGGGACGAUAAAGCACAUCGACAUGUCACGCACCUUCAUCCACAACGUGGACGACGAAACGUUCCAGGGGUUGCGGCUCGAGUCGCUCAAGCUGGUAGACAACAAAAUACAGGACAUUUCGGAAAAGAGCUUCAACUUCAUGCAGCAUUCGCUGGUGUCACUGGAUCUGUCCGACAAUCAGUUACAGGGACUACCGCUGGAUUCACUAAAAAAUGUCCACACGUUAAGCCGAUUAGUAGCUCAGCGAAACAACAUCCACCAUCUCGAUGGCAACUGGGGCGGGCUGGCGGAUUCGCUGCGCAGCCUGCACAUUUCGGGCAACUCCAUCUCCGAGGUAUCGUUCUACACACACGACGAGAAGCGUCAGAACCAUACGGCACCGAACUCGCAGGCAUCGAUAAUCAACGCGAAACAGUUCUCGCAAUACCCGCCCGGUACGCCAGGGAUGGGGCAGCAGCAGCAGCAGCAGCAGCAACAACCCGGUGCCACGGCGGUCAACGGCCAGCAGCAACAGGGCAUCAAACCGUUCGCCAAGCUGAAAAAGCUCGUCUGGCUCGAUAUCAGCUCGAACCGUAUCGCGCACAUCAGCCCGAACACGUUCCCCAAGUCGCUGGUAACGAUCGAUCUUUCCAAGAACAUUCUUUCCCAAUUCCCGACCGCCUUCCUCGAGCAUCUGCACGAUCUGCGCGUGCUGUCGCUGAAGGAUAAUCUGAUAGCGAAGCUCGACGGUAGCCCCGACCCGGCCGGCCCCACCCGGAUACGGCUCGAGAAGCUCGACCUUAGCCUGAACCUGGUGGAGGAAAUUCCACCCCUGCUGUUCAACGGCAGCGUGCGUAUAAAGGCAAUUAAUUUUGAUAAAAAUUUCAUCCGCCACCUCGAGGCCGACACAUUCCAGGGGCUGAACAUCGUGCACAUGGUGCUGGCAUUUAACUUUAUCGAGUCGAUUGACGAUGGUGCGUUCGGUUCGCUGGAGAACAGCUUGGAGUAUUUGGAUCUGGAGCGCAAUCGGUUGACGGUGGUGCCGUCCGCCAUUGGGCGAUUGAAUCGGUUGCGCUAUCUUUACCUAACGUCGAACGAGCUGACGCACAUUCCCGAUCAGCCCGAGCCACUGCUGCCCACUACGCUGAAGGUGCUGUCGUUGAGCGGAAAUAACUUUACCGCCAUCCCGGUGGACGCUCUCUCGAACUGUACCGAGCUGUCGUACCUUAACAUGGGCUACAACAAGAUCGCAGACAUCGAAGAGAAUGCGUUCGCCGGCUGGGGCUCGAACUUGCAGACGCUGCUGCUGCGCAACAACAAGAUCACGAGCCUCAACUAUGGCGCGUUCAAUGGGCUGGAUACGAUCAAAGAGAUCAGUCUCAGCUUUAACGACAUCCACUACGUCCAUCCGAAUGUGUUUGAUAAUGUUUCCUCGACACUUAAGAUUCUGGAGCUUUCGUUCGGUAUCUACCGAGAGGAGUACCCGGGCGAAGCGUUGGCCGUGCUGACUGAGCUGAUGUGGUUGGGACUGGACAAUAACAAUCUGAAGACGCUGCCGGACGGUGCACUCUCAACGUUGGGACAGCUAACGUACGUCAAUCUGGCGUUCAAUCGAAUAGUUGCCAUACCGCGAUGGCUUUUCCGGUCAGACAUUCAUCGAAACUUGGUAGAGAUUGAUCUUUCGUUCAACCAGCUCGAAGACUUACCGAGCGCAACCUUCGACAGUUUGGAGCUAAUACAGAUUAUCAAUCUAUCGUCGAACAAACUGCGCACGAUGCAGAAGAACGCACUGCACGAUCUGCCGUACCUGACGUACGUGGAUCUGUCCUACAAUGUGCUGCAAAAUAUAAGCGAAGGAGCAUUUAGCUAUCUACCCAGCCUGCUGAGCGUGGACCUGAUGCAUAACGAGCUGGCCACACUGUCGCUGAAAGUGUUUCGCCAAGUGUCGAACGCAACCACACCGAUGCGGCUGAACAUUAGCAGUAACGCGAUCGAGUUUCUGGAUGGAGACGUUAACUCAUUGCUUUACGUGUACUCGCUGGAUGCCAGCCACAACCAGCUGCAGGACACGACCGUGUUUCGUGCGUUGGCUUUUUCGCUGCGCAUACUCUACCUGAACUGGAACAACUUCACCACGCUCGGCAACCAUGCGUUCGGGGACCUGCAGAUACUGGAAAUACUGAACCUGGCGCACAACAACAUCAGCUCACUGCGGCGGCGCAGCUUUGCCGGGUUGAUGAACCUGCAGGAGUUCGAUCUGAGUCACAAUCGCAUCGAAAGCUUGCAGAUUGAACAGUUUUCACCGCUGAAAAAGUUGCGCCUGCUGCGCCUCAACAACAAUCGAUUGCGCACGAUCCCGCGCGAUACGUUCCUGAAUACGCGCAUCGAGUUUUUGGACCUCUCGAACAAUCAGUUUGUGGCGUGGCAGGCAACGGCAUUUGCGGACAUUGGAUUCACGCUGCGCUCGAUACAAUUUGAUAACAAUUUGCUAGAGUUCCUAGAUCCGUACAUGUUUACCAGCACACAGUUCUUGUUGGAGCUAAAUCUGGCUGGAAACUUGAUAAAACUCAUCCCUGAUAAUGCGUUUGCAAAUCUGAACAAUUUGACGGUGCUGGAUCUGAGCUACAAUCAGCUUAUGCCGGUGAACUUCCGCGAGCUGUUCGUGAAUGUGCCGCGUCUGCGGGUGUUGAGCCUCCGGUCGACGGGGAUCUAUCGGCUGCCGACUCUGGCGCUGCCCCAGCUCGCCUCGCUGGACGUUAGCAACAACAACCUGCAGGAGAUCGACUCUCAGGAGGAGCUGUUUUUCCUUCGCGAGCUGCACAUACAGGAGAACAAAGUCAACAACAUCUCGAACCUGCUGCGCAAUCUACCCCCUGCGCUGCGCGUACUAGACAUCUCGCGUAAUCCGAUCCGCAAGAUAUCGUUUCACGAUUUUGCACUUUCUCGCCGGCUCGAGGAGCUGUUCAUCGAGGACAUUAAAAUCGUGAACCCGGACAUCUUCAUCAAGCUGCACAAUCUGAAAAAAUUGCGCAUCAGCGCACAGCACAACUUCAGUGAGUUGGUGUCGAAGUUGCGCGGUUUGCAGGAGCUGUACGUCACCAUCUACGACGAACAUCUGGGCGAUGGACUGUUUACGUCGCGCAUGCACGCCAACACGAAGCUAAACGUGGUGGAAAUUACGGGCCGAAGGUUGGUGUCUAUCUCGAGCAAUGCCUUCCAGGGGUUGGCACGGAAUCACGAUCUGAAGCUGCGGAUACGCAACACGAUGGUGAAUGAUUUGCCGCCGGGCGUGUUCUACGCGCUGAAGUACAUCCCCCGGCUGAGCAUCGAUCUGUCGGACAAUCUGCUGGCGGCGCUCGCACCGGACAGCUUCUACCCGAAUGCCAGCUCGUGGGAUGCGGUGGGGACGCGCAGCGUCAUCGGCGGGCUGGACGUGUCGAACAAUCCGCUGCAGUGCGAGUGCGGGUUGGUGUGGCUGGGGCACUGGUUGCGGCGCUGGUUGCGCGAGACGGCGCAAGUCAACUUGAUUCCUAAGGACGAAAUGAAGCAGAUGAUUCGUCGAGCUAAAAGGAGUACCUGCACGGAUCCGCUCACCGGGAAGCGCCUGCCGUUCCUGGAGAUCUUCCCCGAGGAUCUGCUGUGCCACGCCAGUGCCCUGAGUAGUUUAGCGUUGAAGUUGCGCUUUCGGUUUAUGUUGCUGUGUCUCAACAUGCUGCUAGUGGUGCUGCACAAAUCACGAACUUUGGUACUGUAAUUUCGGUUCGGCUGACAGUAUCAAAAACCGCUUCAUCCCCCAUCCCCGGACAUCCGAUCCCUUUGUAACAGCACGGAACACACUCCUCACUAUUCCCCGACUCAUCACUAUCUUCCCGCGGCAACAUGUGUACGCGUAGUGCCAACGCGCCAACGAGUAGGUAAGCAUCGGUUAAGAACUGUCCUUAUUGGCCCACUGCAAAGCCAAUCUAAGGCUCACUAAUGUUUGACAUCGGAUGGGCGAAUGUGCUGAAGCAGCACCGUCGCCAUCCAGCAGCAACAACAACAACAACAACGUUCACUCAUUUUAAGCAUUUUUUAUCGUCCCACUGGUGGUACAUGAUUGUACAUAGUAGUAGAAUUGUAAAUUAUAGACAACAAAGUAAUAAAAAAAACGCCCGUUUUGUACGAAGUACACAUUUCCAACACGUCACGCAUAUAGGCAGCCAAAAAUCAACAAAUCAUAAAACAAAACCCCAACUGAUGCGUGCGUGACGGAGAGUGACAGACAGCAAUAUAGAACAUGAAGGAAAAAAAAUAUUAAGAAAAACAAAUUGUCCUAAGAACUAAGCACAGAUAAAUAGCAGCAGUAGGGUACAAAAAGAAAACAAACAAGGAAACCUCCCCGCAAUGUGUAAAAUGUGUAAAUGAGCAAAACGAACCUAGGUAAGAGAUCACAGUAUCUCACACGUUUUGAUUAAUUCCGAUAGUAAGAUAUUAACAAAAAAAAGUGCAUGAAGCAGACGAAGAAACCCAUCCAAUCAAAACCACAUUCCAUCACGAUUGUAGGAGCUUUAGUGUACGAUAUUAAGUUUUCGGGCACCAGUUUUGCACUCGAGUGAGAAAGGAAGGUAAUGGUACCUUCAAAUUGAACCAAUCGGAGGCUUAAAGUAGCAAGUUUAUGGAUGCGAAGGACACGAUGUAUUUAAACCUCUUUAUUUUUAAUUAUAUUACUAACAUAAUUAAUGGAUUUAAUUUACUUUUCAUCCAAUUUUUAAGCAUUGAUUAAAGCUACGGCCCGCUUAAACCUCUUCCAAUGCACACCUGUGCAAAACUGUUACAAUGCGCAGUUAUCGGUAGAUAAACACUUUACCUAUAUGCUCAUCGCAGCGAAUAAUGCCAUUGUAAGGAAAGUGCUUUCACUUCACAAACAGGCCGAAACAGUACAUACAAAUGGUUGAACGGUUGAGCCAUUACCAACGGGUGAGUGAGUGGGUGAGCGAAUAAAAAAAGCUCCAACAACCCGUCAAAUGAAUUUGAUAAGCCGACACGUUUCGCCCCGUCAAUCAGCUAACAAUGAUGGCCCGAUGACCUCGCCAUCCUGACCAGAAGAAAUGCACCCGUAGUGCACUCACGCUGGCACCACCCCACCCCAAUACCUCCUGCGGCGCGAUAAUGUGUGUCGGAUCACAGCGAAAUGACAUAAUUAUGCAAUUUUCAGUCCAAUUACGAAAACACACAAACGGGACACAAACCUCGCUCCCCUCAAAGUUUUCCCAUUUCUUUCCUUGUCGUACGGGUCCGCAGGACGCUCGGAAUGGGACCGGGAGUUUUGCACAGUUUGUGCACACGUGGAUAAAGAGAGAGAUAGCGAGAGAGAGACAGACAGACAGAGAGAGAGAAAGCAGCAUUGGGGGAAGGAUUCCAUUGAUUGAUAUUCAUAAUGAUCACACAAUUAUUAUCACACACUGUGUGUACGAUUAUAAUAAUGCCGGCCGCACAGCCGCAUGGCCGUGGCUUUUAUCCGGGGGGAAGGGCUGAGAUGUUAAUUAAUUUGCCAUUGCUUCCGAGCUGUUCACGUUCACUUUACUGCCAUUUUGUGCCCGUAGCAGCGCGCUCUAUAUGGGACUGUUUUGCUGUAGAUUACUGUUUUUUUUGUUAUUGUUGUUGUUUCGGUGAGUCCACUAAGCAAUGAUAAUUAACUUUGAUUUAACUGCUAAUUGAAUACUAAAAUAGAUUAUUGCAUUUUUAAGGUUUCUAAAAGCCACAUAGAUUCAAUUAUUGCUACAAUGAUUCUUAAUUUAGAGUAAUUUUGUUAUUUUUACCGAUACGUUAUUCUUUACCACCAAAUUAAACUCUCUUAACAACCUGGAUUGAAAAUGUUUGUUGAUUACUUCAUACUCAAAAAAAAAUGUAGAAAAAAGAAACAAUUCUGAAAAAAAGUAUUUGAAAGUAGAGAUGUGAAUAUUCUCUAUUUUUAGGGAUCAAUCAAUUAACCUAAAGUCACAAUAGAGAUUUGAAUCAUUGAUUCACUCUUUACAGAUCUAUGCAAUACAAUGCAUUUCAAGCAUUACUAACUGAUGCUCAAAGUCUCUAUACAAUUAGAUAUAAGAGAAAAUCAAAUAUCUUUUCAACAGUGCUCUUUUGGUACCUCAACUCACUCACUCUCUGUGCCGCAUAACGGUAGGACUAUUAAUUCAUUCUUUUUGCAUCCAAAUCACUCACUCUCUGGACCGAUGAUUUGAAGUAUAACUAACUAUUUCUUUGCCCUUACUAGGGACUCGUUUUUGUUUGUUGGAUUCUUCUUCGUGAACAAGUUCUGAUAAAUGCCGGAAUGUUUGAGCCAUAAAAACAGAAUCAAAAGCGAAGAGAAUCACAUUUACUCUUCGUGCUGAGUUGAAACUAUACAUUCACUUGUACGAUUCAACUCACACGCUGUCUAUUUAGUGUGCACAUCUCUGUUUGAAAGAGUUAAAUUUGCUGGAGCUCAUAUUUUUCAGGUACAAAAUAUGACUGGUUAGGAGAAUUUAAUAUUUCUGCUUGGUUAUGAAUAGUGAAAUAUGAAGAAACUAACUAUUUUUAUUUUUAGUUUUACAUUAAAUGUUACAUAUAGGUUUUGAUUGAAAUCAUAAUCAAAACUUCCAAUCUCAGAAUAAAUCCUAUUUUUAGUACACACAAUGACCGAAGACACGGAUAUGAAAGUUUUCUAGACAUUUCCUUAAUUAGUAUUCAUAGCAUUCGCCAAAACGUGUCCGCCAUGUCCACCUAAAUUGAAUGAUGGGCUUUCAAGGCUGAUUGGACCAUUAUUUCGCCUAUUACACUGUCACCACAUCACAUCACUUUCGCCUAACAAUGAUUGAUGAUGCAGCUCGCCCAUUCUUCAGAUUGUUGUCACCAAUCUGAUACUUAUUUAAUUUAUCAAGCAAACUUGCAGCCCUUUUUUUCAGCGACGUUUGCCACCCCCUGGACACACACACACGAACGCGCCACUGCCUUAUUCACACAUCGUUGUGCGGUGUUGCGGUAUGAUCCCCCAAUUGACAACGGCGUUUAGCGGCACAUAAUUUCAUAACUUUACCUAUCAAACGUUCCUAUUUACUUCCGUCGUGCACGUUUGGCGCUACGUGUACAUGUGUGAGUGUGUUUGCAUGCAGUGAGUAUAAUUAAAUUUCGAAAAUGGAUUUUCCAUCCAUUAUGAAAGGCCCCGGAACGGCGUCGUGUUUACCGUUGCGUAGGGCACCGAAAUUAUGGCGCAGCACACAAGACGAAAAAAAAAACGCUUCUCCACACAGUCCGUACAGGUACAGCACUCGAGAUGCUGCGACGCGGGAAGGAGGUGAAAGUGUCCGUGCACCCGUUGUGGAGUGGGAAUUGUUUUAUAAUGAAUGAAUAAUGUGUUCGCUUCCCUUCCCUUCGAACCCAACGGUUUGCGGUUGCAAAUGGCAAAGAAAAACACUUUUCCAUCCAUCAAUCAAGCGGCGGCAGCGUGUGUGUUUCCGUGUGGCGUCCCGUUUAUGGCGGGCGUCCUUUAAGAAUUCGAUCAUGCGUAAGACACACACACACACCAUCGAUGUGAGCCUUUUGUCGGUGUCAGGUUGAACCGAGCUUGGCUUUUACGCGGCAACGAACGAAGGAAAAAUGAAGGAAAAACCCAAAACAUGCAAAGCCUAAAAUCGUGCAAACCAUCAUCAUUUUUCAACGUUUCAACCCGACCGGGCUACGUACCGCGUUGGUGGAUGAUUGUACUUUCAUUUUCUUCCGAUUUUGCACGGUGAUGUUGACAGUCACGGGGGGGGGGGAGAGUUCUUUUUUUCCUUUUGCCCUUCGCUUCACCGUUCCGUUGCUGUCAACCGUGUGGCAUGGCGUCACAUUUCUGAUUAAUACAAAUCACCGACAAAUUUCUCAAUUGAUAAACUUCACGUUUGCGUCAGACGACAGCCUGUAUGUGUGUGUGUGUGUGUGUGUGUGUGUGUGUAUCUACCCCAAAUGCUAUCACACAUUUGCCGCGAAUGCGAAAUGGCACACCAGCCACGCCACGGGGUCUGGUACGGGGUAAAUGUGCCCCACGCCACGUACGGUUUGCAUGUGUGAUGUGACAAUGACAGGUGAUGGGUUUCCGGUGGCGGUUGAAGGCUAAAAGUGGUGUGGUAUGAAAAUGGGCGCAAAAGAAAAAGUGGUAAAUCUCCAAUAUGAACCACUUCCUUUCGGUGGGGGAACAUCGAAGGGGAACCUGCUCCGAACCAAACGCGCGGUCUAGACUAGAGGUUUGGCUGGUUGGUUUUACCUUUUCUUUUUUUGUUCUCCGAACGGAGGCCAGCGCCUGUCAGGAGGGCUGGCGUCGAUCAAUGAAUCAUUUUACCCGUAGCGAGCGACCGCACCUUGACAGACAUGUCGCGCGCCGAUCGAUCGAUCGCAAAAACCGACAUCUACAUGUGGUUUAGACGUGUGUGUGUGUGAGUAUAUAUGUUCCAGAUACUCCACUGAAAACUCUCGCUGGAAAAGCCCGGCGCAAUGGAGUCCUGUGGCGCGUAAGGAGCGAAGUGAAUUUUAAUCUUUGGAUGUUUUUGGAGCCUCCAUUCCCCCAUACCGCACGCUUGGCGCGUACCAUCCAUCAUGUGUGGUUCCUUCGAUAGGGGACGGUUCCUUCCGCAGCCAUCCUAAUCGAAUCACCCUGAACGAGCGCACGUGGGAUUGUUGGGUACGUGUCAGUGAAAGGAGAACUAAAUUAUGCCCCCUUUUGCCAUAUCCAUUGUUGUGCAGAAUGCGGGGAAAUGGAAGAAAGUACGAAAAAACGGUUCUCCUGCCAAUCAUUCAGUCACGAAACCAGGCCGCACACAAUGGACGCUUUUGCUGGACCCCGGGAAAGGGGCCAGGCGAGAAAGAGCGAUCUAUUGCGGUUGUUCGGUGAAGGGCGGUACGCGUGUAUUUGAAUGUUGUUGUUAAGGCAAAAGGACGACGACGACGACGACAACGACGGUGUGCGGUUGCGUGCCGUGCGUGCCAGUAUACGCUUUGUUCCAAGCCAUGUCUUUUCCGUCUUUUGUGAAUGGAUGUGAUUUCCCACGAUAAGGUGCUUCGAUGAAGUGGAUAUUGAGCGAAAGCGGGAGGGGUUUUGUGAGAGUGCGAGUGAGGGCGUUUAAAAACUUUGAACGUUCGCCCUGAUCGGUUUUCAUGUCAUACCGAUUAUCGCAAAUGUUGGUAAACAUUAUUCUAUUUAAUCAUUUUGUCGUAGAACAACAAGUUAGGAUACUGCUGCUGCCGCUUUUGAGGGAAAUACCGGGUUAGGAUCGAGACUUGGGAUUAAUGCAUGUUCCAACAUAACGUCAAGACUGUAAUACGUCCGGUCUUAGCGCCAGUUCCGGAAUUAGUUUGUAGUCCUGAACAAGACGGUAUGCAAGUGGUAAAAGUCCUACUACUAGGUUCAGUUUAAGUUCCGGUAUAAUUGGGAUAUGUUUGGAAGAGAUCCUAAUAUUGCUCCUAAGACUGAGCUAAACUACCUUACAACAUAAAUAGAACCAAACCAUUACUUCCGAAGCUAAUAAUAAGUCUACAAAUUAUUGCGCAUUUAGUUAAAAAUAUAAAAGUUUGAUUUUGUAUAAUUUAAAUAAACCUCAGUUUUAUAUCCUUUAAUGCAUUUAGUUAAACUUAAUAUUAAAGUAUUAACUCCCAAACAGCACAAACAAAAUACAGUAUACUUUCAUAAUGAUGAUUGAUUGUCGAUUAUAGCAACAAGCGUGGCCUUAUUUCUCUUUGUGGUACAUACUAUCACGAGCGUACAGUACUUGUCCACAUACACUGAGCACUGUACUCCAGACAAAGACACUUGAAGUAGAGAAAUGUUCCACCCCAAACCAAGGCAUAUUAAAACGUAUUCUGAAGACUUCAUCACUGCAUGUAAAUUAGUUGAACUUGAACGAUUCAAGGAACUUUACUCCAAAUCAGGACCACAAACCGCUGCUCUCGACGUAAGCUUGCAACCACUUGCCAGAGUGAAAAGAGCACUAAUUUGCUGAAUAAAUGCAUCACAAAACAUCAAUGGGGAAACAGUUUACACACUGUUUCCCUUCGCUGCCCUACAGCGUGCUUUGUACUAUCGCCCGGUACAGAACUUCCCGAGGCAAUGCAACAAACAACGCUCAACAAAUUAUCGACCGGAAAUGGAAAUUUCCAACAGUGGUUUAACAACUCGGUUGAUUUCCUUACCGUCAAGCUGACACCCGUACGAAAAGGGAACGAGUCACCCGAUGGCCCGAGUGUCGGAAGGAAUGGAGCAGCACUACACUAACCUACGAACCUGCUGCGUGUGAUUCGCGUCGUACACCCGUAAACUAUCUGCAAUGCUGCCGUACUCGGGAGCCCUUAAACUUUGUGCCUGCAAAACAAAAAAGGAAUGUGAAUAUAUACACACCCCAUAUUAAAUAUUAAAGCCCUGUAGACAGCGAAACUCAAACUCAUUACGGCAGAGUAAUCCUGGCGCGUUUGGUUGGGAUAGGGACGGGCGGGCAACGUUAAGGGCAACGUGGGGGCUUGGGCGCUUGACUUCAAUACCAUUGUCAAAACAGCACAAAACCUAACCCUGACGCCCUAGGUGGUGGUAGUGGUGGUGGUGGUGUUUUGACCUUACAGGACUCAUUUCAAUGCCAGCCCGUGCCAGACGGUAUCAUGGGUGUGCCACGCUUCAAUGAACCAUCAGAAAGGAAGCAUGAUCCCGUCACUUCCCUUCCUAAUCCACACUGCUCUCUCUAUCUCUCUCACACACACACACACAUAAACACACAUAACAACACACACUUUUCCAUACUUCUUGACGCCCUUUUAUAACACGCAGGUUAAAUGUGUAGCCCAUGUUGGGUGGGGGCCAGACCGGGCUGAGUUUGUUGGUGGAAAAUGACGUCCCCACAGUAAAUGUCGACUGUUGUGAAGUGAACGCUAUUCGCAGUGGGAUUAUCCUGCCCCAUGAAGUGCAUCGCAUUACACGUCAAGCGUUGCGAGCAAGUUCUACGUACUGCACCAACUGUUUCAUGCUAGCAAUGGAUCUAGGAAGAAAUUUUGAGACCAGAAAAUAUAGAGUAAAUCUUUGUCAACUUAACACUAAAGGUUAAAUAUUCGAGCCAUUUUUGGAAUAGAAGCAGAUUGUAGCUUCUUUUUAAGGGUCUGUUUUUAGUACAUUUAUACUUAUUUUUCCUUUAUUAUAUAUCAUUUUAAGGCUUCUCGCAUUGUAGGUUCAUUGCCUGUAUCUUUUUCUAAUUAGUUACCAACUCUAACCUUAACAUAAGCAUACAGGUGUGACAUUGUACAUUGUAUGCCAUUCACCUGAAGGAAAAAGUGAGACAUUUCAUCAAAACAUUUCCCUAACCUGAAUUCAAUUCCUAUUUGCUUUUCUUGAAAAAAUAUAUUUUUACAAAUAUAUCGUGUCUCUGAGCUAAACUUUAGCUAAGCAAAGGAUGAAACGUAAAGGGUAACACAUUACUAAAGAGAGCAGAAACCAGUUCGUCAGUCACGUUAAGGACGUACACGUACGGGACACUCACGCAUCCACUACACGAAUGAAUUGUGAUAUAUUUUUAUACGAAAAUCAGCGUAAUUGAAUGAACAAGAAAGCAUAACGGUAGCCAAUUUGUAAGGAACGUUCAAUGUGUACGGCAACGAAGAGCCAACUACAGAAAAGUGUAAAAGUAUUGUUAGUAUGACUUAUUUGCAUUUUUUUGAAACGUAUCUAAAGUUGGGUAAAUCGUAUGAAUUUGAAGAAGUUUAAUUUAAAGGUGAAAAUUGAAUGAAAAACUAAUCAGAAUGUUGAAAUUCUUAGAAUCUGUAUUUACUAUUUCCAAAAACAUACAAUUUUUUUAAUUGUGUAAUGAGUUUAAAAGACAUUUACAAAGUAAAACAUUAUAGUAGAUAAGGAAUGGAUUAUUUGCUGUUGCAACAUGAGAAACAAGAGAAAGUAUUAUCAGUUGUAGUAUACAUGUUUACUAUCAUUUGAUAUUCAAUUGCUGUUAUGUAGUGUAACCCCUACCAAUCAGGACUGAUGUGAAUAAUUUACCCAUAGUCUAUCGUUGCUUAAAUGUGUUUUGUAUUUGGAUGUGAACGUUGUAAAGUGAUGGGCAAAAAUUUAACGAAACUAGAUAAUGAACGAACGUGAGAUUUUAGAUAAUGAAAGCAAACUGAGGUGUAAGCUGCUAAAUUGUUUUAUGCAUAAGAGUCACUGCAGAGUUUACGAUCGUACCAUAGCAAAAACCAACUAACGCACUUAGUGACAGUAGUAUAGAUUUUUUUUGUUUUUAUAGAAACAUAAAAACCGAUCGAUCCGAUAGGAUUGAGAUAAAACACAACAAAUGUUAAAAACAAACAAGUCGUAGUGGAGCCAUUAUUGUUUGACGCUCCAAGCACACCACACUCAGCAUGAUGGAAUUGCACCAUCAUCGAUAAUGCUUGUCUGCAAAAGAAAAGAAAAGGAAAAAAAACAGCAAAACACUAGAAAAAUGCCACCAAAUGUAAAGUAAGACACCUCUCACACCUUCCCGAGCGGAUGACCUUUUAUUAUCCCUUAGCAUACUAACACACAGCACACGUACGUAGGACACUUUGCGGGCAAUGAGUUUGGGAGUUUGGGACGUUCGUCGAGCAACCAACUAGACAUUACCUUUAAAGACGCAUCUGUAGCAGUGAACGUACGGCUCAUGUGCAGGGAGACAGGAGACGCGCAGGGCAACUUCAACUUCAUCCGCAACACAAUACACGGAUCGAAUCGAUAGCAUGCACGUAAUAGAGUUUUUAAACAGUUGCUCCGUGCGGCACUGACUACAACAGAGAGCGAAUGAAAAAUCCAUUUCCCAAAACUAAAAGCAAGCAAAUCAGCAUCGUCAAAUUGUUGAUGAUGAAAGCAACAUUUAAAAGACGCAACUAGACAUACAGAUAACGAGAAAAAAAGGGGAGAGAGCUCUAGAGCAAAGAAGAAAGAAUCAACGAAAUGUACUAGCGCGAUACUAAAUGUGCGUGAAGGUCCUAACGCUUGAUUUUUUUUUUUCGAGCACACACUACCAUGAGGGCCAUCUGCUGCAGUCACGUCGUCACGUCAAGUAGCUCAGAGUGUAACGUACUCUCGGUGGGGAAAUUUUAAAAAUUUCCCAUGUAAAAACAAAGCAAAUCUGAUGCAGAUAAUAAAUCCUUGAUAAAAUAAAA